UCUUUCUCUCUCUCUCUCUCUCUCUCUCUCCCCUGCCAUUUUGAUUCAUACUAUUCUAUGAGUCUGUGAUUUGAUCUUGAGGAUCGAACCAAGAAGUUGAUGAGACAAAAACUUAGAAGUGAAGACUUUCAAACCGUGAUAUCCGACCAAACUGGUAAGAAGUUAAGUCCUGGUCUUGUGAUCUAGAGAUACGGUAAUGACAGGAGUAGGACCAACGUUCUCACUCGAGAUCUCGGAAUACAGAAGCAACCUCUCAGCGACGGAGAAGGCUUCUUCCUCCUUUUUUUCCGAGGAUACACCAAACGAUGAGGGAGCCGGUUUAUGGUCAGAAAGAACGGUGGAUUACUCGUCGGAGAGUUCUUCAUCUAUAGGAACUCCUGGAGACAGUGAAGAAGAAGAAGAAAAUGACAAAGAGUUAGGGUUAGCUUCAAUGCGCUCUCUUCAAGAUUCUCUCCCAAGCAAAAAUGGUUUAUCGAGUCACUACAAAGGGAAAUCAAAAUCGUUUGGGAACUUAGGGGAGAUUGGUAGUGUGAAAGAAGUACCAAAGCAAGAGAAUCCAUUGAAUAGAAAAAGAAGGUUACAGAUCUGUAAAAAGCUUGCAAGAAAGUCUUUCUACUCGUGGCAAAACCCUAAGUCUAUGCCUCUUUUGCCUGUUCAUGAAAAUGAUGAUGAUGACGAUGAGGAUGAAGGAGACGAUGGAGAUCUGAGCGAUGAAGAACGAGGAGGAGUUGUUGUUGCAAGGAGACCAUCGUUUAAGAACAGAGCAAUGAAGUCUAUGAGUUGUUUUGCUCUCUCAGAUCUGCAAGAAGAAGAAGAAGAAGAAGAUGAGUGACCAAUAAUGCAUUCAUGUUUUUUUUUUCUUUGUUCAUAGUUUAAAAAAAAAAAAAUUAUUUGGUGGAGCGAAUUAAUGAUUUCUUUUUAUUAAUUCUUGAAAUUAAUUUUAUAUCAUGUCGACUGGAGGAAAUUAAAUUAGUGUAUUCUCCUUUCUUUCUGCUUAUCUGUCUCUUGUCCUCUUUCCCUCACCCCAUUAUCGAUUCUCACAUUUUUUAUUUUAUUUUUAAAGGACUAGUCAAUAUUUUGCGUCUAAUGCUAGCUAGAUAUAUGUAUUGGGGACUGUUGUGACAAUACAAAAUACGUGUUUAGUCUGGUUUUUCUCGUACGUUUCUUGAUUAUGGAUUGGUUCUACUCUAGACUGGGAAUCUCGAGUUUUGCAUUUCCUUUUAAAGGGUAGCUGAUGAUGCUUAUUUCAACAUCGGUCUAGAAAGCAUUGUGUAUAAUUCAUAUGUUUGGGAUGUUAUGGUAUUUCUGGUAUGAAUUCUAAUUUAGGAAUCCAUAACCUAUAUGUCUUACCAUUGUUUUUCUGCCGGUUCAUAUUAGAUGUUUGAGAUUAAGUUUUUACCAAAUUUUAAUUUGUAUCGUUUUGUAAAGCUAAGUUGUAAGGCUUAUGUUUUCCUUUUUGCAUUUCUGUUUAUGGAGAAAUUAUGUAUUGUCAGCUUAUGUAAUUUACCAUAUAUUUUAGUUAAUAAUAUUUUCGAUUUUGG